AUGGCCUUCAAGCGAUUGGUUCGUUUCGCCAUUGGAGACCGCGUCUCCUUCGGCGAUCUACUCAGCGUCAACGGCGGCACAUACAAUGUUAGAAGAUUGACUGGUGAUCCUUUCACUAAGCUACAGCCUACUGAAGAUAUUAUCCACGUUGAGAAAGUGGGGCUCGCAUCCAUUGGCAAUUCUAAAAGAUAUCAGCUGAAUGUCCCGAAAUACCCUCCUAUCUUCGUCAAGCCAGCUGAUGCACUAGCUGGCCCCUUUGACACCAUUGACAUUCACCCCGACGCGCGUGAAAUGCUAGACUAUGAGGGCGAGCUGACUGUAGUUGUGGGACGAGAUGCAAAGAAUAUUUCGGAAGAGGACGCAUUGGACUAUGUCCUGGGCUAUACGGCUGGAAAUGACCUGUCCGCACGGAAUUUCCAGCUUCCCGAAGCGUCCGGGAUGCAAUUUGGCUAUUCCAAAUCCUUUGAUCAGUUUGGUCCAAUUGGACAUACCAUUGUUGCGGCCAGUGAAAUAUCAGAUCCUCAGGAUCUCCGUCUGGUGACCCGGGUCAAUGGGGAGGUCAAACAGCAGACCAGUACAAACGAUAUGAUCUGGAGUGUUCGGCAGAUUAUUAGCCACCUCUCACGGGGCAUGACGCUUCGCAAGGGAACAGUGAUCAUGACUGGUACCCCAGCUGGCGUCGGAUUCUUUACCAAGGAAUUUCUGAAAGCUGGAGACGUGGUAGAGGUCGAGAUAGAAGGCGUGGCAUCGGUCAAAAAUAAGAUCCGCUACCCUUAG